CGAGUUCGAGUCAAAAUCCCGACCCUCGCUCCCUCUUCCAAUCUCUUCUUCAUCGCCCUCUAUCCCUCUCCCUCUAAAUCGGAGGGACAAAGAAACCCUAGAAAUCUAAUCGGGGGGCGAAACCCUACCCCUCCUCUUCCUCCCGAUUCUUCUCGGAACCCUCCGCGGUCUCCCUCGCUGAUUCGGGUUUCUCCUUGGUUUGAUUCGGUAAAAAAUUUGAUCUUUUUCUUGUUUGUCGGGGGAUUUGGUGUGGGAUUGGCGAAGGGGAUUAGAAAUUGUGGGGAUUUGGUUGGGGCAUUGGAGAGGAAUCGAUCUCCCAAAUGCUCUUUUGUGAGGCGUUGGAGUGCGCAGAGAUCGAAAUUGGUGUGCUUCACGAUGUCUUGGGCAGGGCCAGAUGAUAGCUUCCUCUCGACCUCGCUCGCGAGCUUCCUCGAUAAGAAACUGAUUGUUUUGUUACGAGAUGGACGAAAGCUACUCGGUACUCUUUGUUCGUUUGAUCAAUUUGCAAAUGCUGUUCUUCUGGGUGCCUGUGAGCGAGUAAUUGUUGGGGAUCUGUAUUGUGAUGUUCCUCUUGGUCUAUAUGUAAUCCGUGGAGAAAAUGUUGUUUUAAUAGGAGAACUGGACCAUGAGAGGGAUGAGCUUCCUGCUAACAUGAAGAAGGUUUCAGAGGCAGAAAUAAGAAAGGCUGAGAAGGCAGAAAGGGAUGCGAAAGAUCUUAAAGGGACCAUGAGAAAGAGGAUGGAGUUUCUUGAUCUUGAUUAACCUCUCAUUCAAUUCAAUUCGCACUUAUGCUUCGUUUUUAGUACCUGUUACCACCGAGGCUGCGAUUUUUUAUGGCAGCUUCUCAUACAGGGGGGGUAUUGCGAAAGGCGAAAAAAGAAAACUUUUCCUUUUAGUUUCUCUGCUUCAAUCGUCGGCCAAAAUGGCUUCUAGAAAUACGGUGUAUUCUUACUUAUAAGUUUAAGUUGUGCUUGAAAGUCCUUUUGGUGUUGCUGUGUUUUGUUAGUUGCUGCUUAGCCUCGAAGGCAACAUUUUCAGCCCGAGGGGGAUCCAAGUACUUCCCGGUAGCUGUGUGCAAGUACUUAUAAUCCGUAAGUCAUACGUGUUCUGUUAAACGACGCAGGUGUAUUGCUGCUAUUUGUGGUGUUCAUCAUUUGAACCGAAGGUUUUGUUGCUGGAGAGUGAUGAAAACCAAUUGGAACAAUAAGAUUCAACUCUUGUGUUACUAUUUGGAUCUUAUUUAUUGUUCUCGUUUCACCAGAGUUA